UGUAACAAAAACAAGCAAUCAUGGCAAAACUCAUGACAUCAAAAAAUCUCAAACUGUCACAAUUUCUAAUAAAUUACAGUACAAUGGCACCACCUUAUAAAAUCGUUAUGGUACGUCAUGGCGAAUCAGAAUGGAACCAAAAGAACCUUUUCUGCGGUUGGUAUGAUGCAAAAUUGAGCGAAAAAGGCAAACAAGAGGCAGCAAAUGCUGGGAAAGCUCUCAAAGACGCUGGUUAUAAAUUCGAUCAAGCUUACACUUCGGUCUUAAGUCGAGCUCAAGACACUCUCCAAAUCAUCCUAAAAACUCUAGGUCAGUCUGAUAUCCCCAUUCAAACAACAUGGCGUCUCAAUGAACGUCAUUAUGGGGCCCUGACCGGCCUUAACAAAACCGAAACCGCUGCCAAAUACGGCGAACAACAAGUCGCAAUUUGGAGACGGAGUUUUGAUGUACCACCACCACCAAUGGAAAACGACCAUCCACAUUAUAAAGACAUCGUAUGCGAUCCAAGAUACAAAAACGGACCAUCUCCUGAACAAUUUCCCAAAUUUGAAUCACUCAAAUUGACGAUUCAACGCACUUUACCGUUUUGGAACGAAACUAUUGUACCACAAAUCAAAGCCGGAAAAAAUAUUUUAAUUGCGGCACAUGGUAAUAGUCUACGAGGAAUCGUCAAACAUUUAGAUCAACUUAAUGACGAACAAAUUAUGGGACUAAAUUUACCAACAGGAAUUCCCUUUGUUUAUAUGUUACAAGAAAAUAUGAAACCAGCACAAGGAGGCAGUUUGCAAUUUUUAGGCGAUCCUGAAACGGUUAAGAAGGCCAUGGAAGCAGUAGCCAAUCAAGGAAAAGCUAAAUAAUUGCUUAAUCAAUAUUAUCGUAUCAAGUUAUGUCAUUUAAAAUCAUCAUUACAAUCAUUUUUGUUGAC